CCCCCGAGGGCGGCGGCCAGCGGGGGCGGGGCGGCAGCGCGGGGCGGCUCGCGGGUGUGUGGCGGGGCCGCGCCGCUCCCUUCCCCCUGCGGCGCACCGCACUGCGCAGGCGGCGGCGCUGGCGCGAUGGCGGCCGGGGACGGCGGCGACGAGGUGCGGGUGUUGCAGAACCUCCGCGGGAAGAUCUAUGACGCCAAACACUUAGUACCCAACAAAAUGAGAGACUUUUUCUGUACCAUAAACUUGGACCAAGAAGAAGUUUUCCGUACACAAGUAGUUGAAAAAUCUUUAAGCCCUUAUUUUGGGGAAGAGUUUUACUUUGAGAUUCCAAGACCAUUCCAGUGGUUGUCCUUCUACAUGUAUGAUAAGAGUGUUUUACAAAAAGACCUGCGUAUAGGAAAGGUGUCCAUCAAAAAAGAAGAUCUAUGCAACUACACAGGAAAAGAGAACUGGUUUAUGCUUCAACCUGUUGAUUCUAAUUCAGAGGUUCAGCAAAAGGAAGAUGUUCAGGGCAUUCACAAGGUCUGCAUACUAAAACUAGUUAAGGCAGCUAUUACAGGAAAAGUUCACCUUGAAUUAAAACUGAAUGAACUGAUAACAGAUAAUGGAUCUGUGUGCCAGCAACUAGUAGUACACAUAAAGGAGUGCCAUGGGUUGCCUCUUAUAAAUGGACAGAAUUGUGACCCUUACGCAACAGUCUCUCUUGUGGGCCCUUCCAGGAAUGACCAAAAGAAGACCAAAGUAAAGAAGAAAACAAGCAAUCCGCAGUUUAACGAAACAUUUUAUUUUGAGGUAACCAGGUCCAGCAGUUACACCAAAAAGUCCCAGUUUCAGGUAGAAGAAGAAGAUAUUGAGAAACUAGAAGUCAGGGUUGACCUAUGGAAUAAUGGAAAUUUGGUACAAGAUGUGUUUCUAGGAGAAAUUAAAGUUCCUGUGAAGGUGUUAAGAAAUGAUUCCUUUCAAGCAUGGUACUUACUUCAACCAAGAGAAAAUGGAAACAAGUCUUCUAAAACUGAUGAUUUGGGAUCACUUCGAUUAAAUAUCUGUUAUACUGAGGACUGUGUGCUUCCAUCUGAAUACUACACUUCUCUAAGAAACUUGCUGCUAAAAUCAUCAGAUGUUCAGCCAAUUUCUGCAUCUGCUGCCUACAUACUGAGUGAAGUUUGUCGAGACAAGUAUGAUGCUGUUCUGCCUCUUGUGCGGUUGUUGCUACACCACCAUAAGCUCGUUCCAUUUAUUGCUGCAGUGGCAGAACUAGAUCUAAAGGACACUCAAGAAGCAAACACAGUCUUCAGAGGCAACACAUUAGCAACGCGGUGUGUAGAUGAAAUGAUGAAAAUAGUGGGGAAGCACUACCUAAAGGUUACUUUGAAACCUGUUAUUGACGAGAUAUGUGAGUCUCCUAAACCCUGUGAAAUAGAUCCCAUCAAAUUAAGAGAAGGGGAUAACGUAGAAAUCAAUAUGGAAAAUCUACGCUAUUAUGUAGACAAAGUAUUCCGUGAAAUUGUGCGGUCAAGUAUAAGUUGUCCUACCCUAAUGUGUGAUGUUUUUUAUUCUUUGAGGCAUCUGGCUGCCAAAAGGUUUCCAAAUGACCCUCAUGUACAGUAUUCUGCAGUGAGCAGCUUUGUGUUUCUUCGUUUCUUUGCUGUAGCCGUAGUCUCACCUCAUACUUUUCAUUUACGACCUCACCAUCCAGAUGCACAGACUUCUAGAACAUUAACUCUUAUAUCAAAAGCCAUCCAGACCUUGGGGAGUUGGGGAAGUUUGACCAAAAGCAAACUUUCAAGUUUCAAGGAGACGUUUAUGUGUGAGUUUUUCAAAACAUUUCAAGAAGAAAAAUUUACUGAAUCUGUGAAAAAGUUCUUAGAUGAUGUUUCCUCUACUGAAAGUAAAGAGCCCAGUGGCCUGAGUGAGCCAGUGCAUCUAAAAGAAGGAGAAAUGUACAAAAGAGCUCAGGGAAGGACUCGGAUUGGUAAAAAGAAUUUCAAGAAGCGGUGGUUCUGUCUAACAAGUAGAGAACUCACCUACCACAAACAGCAAGAUAAAGAACCUAUUUUCACUAUUCCAAUCAAAAACAUCCUUGCAGUAGAAAAACUUGAUGAGAACUCCUUCAACAAGAAAAAUAUGUUUCAAGUACUGCAUGGAGAAAAGCCGCUCUACAUCCAGGCAAAUAACUGUGUAGAAGCUAGUGAGUGGAUAGAAGCUCUUUGCCGAGUAACGAGAUGCAACCAGAAGAGGCUUAGUUUUUACCACCCUUCUGCUUUUCUGAAUGGGAGCUGGCUUUGCUGCAAGGCUACAAUAGAGAACACGGUGGGCUGUGCUCGUUGUACUGCAGAUGUUCCUGCUGAUACUCAAAUUGAGAUUGAUGGAGACAGAGAGACAGAAAGAAUUUACUCACUUUUCACUAUCAACAUAUCUAAACUACAGAAGUUGGAAGAGGCUUGCGGAAGUAUAGCAGUCUAUCAAGGUCCACGGAAAGAACCAGAUGAUUAUUCUAACUUCACCAUUGAAGAUUCUGUAGCAACUUUUCAUACACUUAAACAGAUAAUAGAUACAGUAGAAAAGCUGAAUGAAUGGCAUGAAAAAUAUCAAAUGAAGAGAUCAUCUAGUGCUAAAUAUGGCAGUGAAGAAAAUCCAAUUGUUGGAAAGGUUUCCUAACCGAAGCAAACAGGCACACUGGGAUGGAAAAAGAAACUGGAAAUGUUCUUGAGUGUUUGUUUCUUGGUUUUGUUUGUUUUGUUUUUAAAAAUCCAUUAUAUGCAUUUUUACAAAGUAUUUAAGAAUGAACACAAAAGCUAGUUGCGUUGACAAUCUAUUUAAUAUUUAAUAGCAAAAUAUUUACUUGGAAAUCUGGUCUUAAGGUUUAUUCUCAUUUUGCUGAAGAACUUGAAGUUCCAGGUUCUUGAGGUACCAGUGUGAAUAAAUCUAAAUGUCAUUUUGCCAUUGUUGUCUUAUUGGAAGAACUUUCUAAACAAAUAAGCUUUUUUCAUGGAAGAAAGUCCACAUGGUAUUUGGUUGGAUUACAUCUCUCAAUACAUACACUGCAAACAUGAGUUUACCAUGAGUGCCUGCCCUGCUGAUAAUGGAUCUUGAAAUAGAAGUCCCAAGAUACUAUGACAUGGAAAUGAUCUGAAGCUUCACACUCAAUUCAUUUGACUUUUUUUCUUGUAUUAGGUUUUGUCAGGACUUGAUUUAUCUACAUCUGAAGUCUUACAAAAUCAUGCAGUAUGCUGCAAAUAAUCUGGACAGCAGAUACCAGUGUUAGUUAUGUUUUUACUGAAGAAGAAAUCAGGGAACUUGUGUUGUGCCUCUUGUUUACAUUUGGUGUGAGUAAUAUAUGGAGUGACAUGACAUUAGACCACUAUGUAUUUUCUUUAGGAUGUUUUUAAGGUACGUAUUUUUUCUUAAUCUAAAAAGUGCAGGGUAGCAACAUUGUUUUUAAAUAAGUUUGCCUACAGAUAGAAAAAUUUAAAUGUGAACAGGUUGUGGUUAAGUACUGAUCAAUUUAUAUCAUCCAAUGUAUGAUUUUUUUCUUGUUAUUUUUUAAUAAAAAGUAAUGGCUAGGUCCAGCUCACUUUUUGACUAGAAAUCUAAUAAAUAAUUUCUAUUAUAAUCACUCAAAGCACUUUAGAUAUCUGGACUAUCCCAGAUUAUUUUUAGAUACUUUGUAGUAUCUGCUUGUUAUGAUCAGUUGAAUGAUCAACAUUGUUUUGUCUUUAAGCAAUGCUUCAGUGAAUAUUUUUGUAUCUUUAGUUAUAUGGAUUCGUAUUUGCCACUUAACUCAAUUUUAAACUGGCAUUCUUGACUUUAAGAUUAAUUUUUGCUCAUUUCAUCUGAGAAGUUAGGUUUAUACUGAAAGAACAUAUAUGUAUAUAACCAAGAAGAAGCAAAGGUAUUACUGUGGUAACUUUGCUUCGUCAGUAUUAAAUACAAUGGUACUGCUUGGAAUAUUAUUGUUAAUAAUAACUGUAUGUGGUACUUUUAUUUUUGGAGCAUUUGCUGUGGGAUCUUUUGUUGUUGUUAUAUUGGGUGUGUUCUGGGGUUUGAUGUUUUUGUUUGUUUGUUUUACAAUCAUGAUUUGGCCAAAUUAAUUAGGAAUGUAAAUUAAAAAUAGAACAGAAAUCCAUAAUGCUUGAAACAGUCAGCUAUUUAAAUUACUAUACAUUUAUGAUGCUGUUGUAGGGAGGCUUUCUGUAAUAGAAGCAAGUUGGCAAGACAGGAUUGAAAUCUCUUUUUGAAUGAAUGAGAGUUGUUAGAGUAGCUAUUUGGUUUAAUACCAGACAAACUAUUUCAGAGUAUCUGGGAUUCAGUACUAGCAUCUGCAGCGUUGCAAUCACUUAAUCACCUCAACUGUGGUUUGCCUUUUCCUUUUUGACACAUUUGAUGUAUUCGAAGGGACUUCUAUCUGCCAACAGUUGAAAAGGGGGGGAGGAGAAGGGAAUAAUGCCAAGAAAUGUGUUUUGCCGAGGUAACGUGGGUCAGAUUAAUUGCCAUUAAUUAAAAGCUGCCAUUAAACAAAUGUGGUUGAGUGUCCAAGUUAGGUUUUGCUGUAUAUGGAUUAACCCUGUGCCAAACUGUCUUGUUCCUAGGAAGCCAAUUUCUGUUGUUUUCAAAGUCAAAUUUAUGAAAACUUAAAUUGUAUACUCUUGCAACGUUUUUAAAAAUAUGCACUUUUUUGCUUUGGUACAGAAACAUCUAGGAAAAAAACAAAGGCCAUUGAAUAUUUGUGACCAUUAAGAUUCCUUAUUUUAUAACAUCUUAAAAUGCAAUAGAUGUUCUAGAAUUUAAUUAGGUACAAGUAGGAUGAUUAAUAAUAAAAGUUGCCUUCAUUUUGAUUAGUCUAGAAAGAUGAUGUUACUCAGUACUUAGUUCUGUUAGGAUUGUAAAUUAUCAUUACUUUUAACUUGUAUUAUGAUUAUGUAUUGUUGAAUGUAUUUUUAUUUAAAUUUUAUUUUCUUAUCAGGACAUUAAAAUGUUUUGUAACAUUGCUUGAGAGUAACUCACAAAUAAAUUACACCAAACUUGA